AUGUUCCCCUGGCUGGGAGAAGAUUUGAAGAUACUGAGAGCCGGUGGUCCAGUCAAAAGGGCAGCAGAAAAGGCCGUGGAAAAUGGAUACUUGAUAAUUGACAAAUUUGAGCACAAAGUAAAGAUUCACCCCCAGAAACCGUUUAUUAUAUACGAAGGCAAUGUUUUCACGUACGAAUUCGUAGAUCAGCAAGCGAACAAAGUUGCUCGGAUCGUCCGACAGUGGGGAUUGUCUGAGGGAGAUUCUGUGGCUUUAUUUUUUCCGAAUUCUCCGGAAUACAUCUGGACAAUGUUGGGGGUAGCUAAACUCGGAGUGACAGCCGCUUUAAUUAACUGUAAUUUACAUGGUAAAGCUCUCGUUCAUUCUAUUAAUCUGAGCGAGUCCAAAUAUCUUAUAGUCGAUACGGGUCUGCUGGAAGUGAUACAGGAGAGUCUUCCAGAGUUAAACCACUACGAGAUUUAUAGCCAGGGUUCACUUCAAUCAUCUUUACCAGACGGAUUGGUUUCAUUCGAUGAUUUGAUGCUACGUGCCCUACCUACACCUAUACACAAACACGUCCGUUCUAACGUUACGGUCAUGUCUACGUUUUGUUACGUCUACACAUCUGGGACAACAGGUUUACCGAAACCUUGUAUCAUCCUGCAACAUAAAGCUAUAAAGAUCAGUAAAUUAUUAUCAUUUUUUGGUGGAAAUUCUAAAGAUAUUGUGUAUUUAUUUCUACCUCUAUACCAUUCCUCGGGUCAGCUGAGCUGGUUGGGAUCCAUAGACUUAGGAACUACUAUAGUAUUAAAAAAGAAGUUUUCGUUAAGAAGUUUUUGGAAGGAUAUCAAACUGUUUGAUGUGACGAUGUUUCAGUAUAUUGGUGAACUUUGUAGAUAUUUACUCUCACAGCCAAAGGAUCCUUUGGAAACUCAACAUAAAAUAAAAGCAAUCUUUGGAAAUGGUUUAAGAAAAGAUAUCUGGGAGAAAUUCCAAGCUAGAUUCAGAAUACCGUUGAUAGUUGAAUUCUUUGGAGCGACUGAAGGGACUGGGUUCAAUUGUCAGUUAUCAAAUAAACCCGGGGCUAUUGGUCGACUUUCACCCUUUUUGAAAAGAUUACCAGGUAAUAUGUCCCGUAUUGUAAAAUGUGAUUAUGAAACAGCUCAACCAAUUAGAGAUCAAAAUGGUCGAUGUAUUGACAUUAAGGCAGGUGGGUUUGGGUUAAUUAUAUCUGGAAUUCCACCAGAAGCUCAGGUGAAACCACUGUAUAAAGCUUCUGUUGAGGCAAAUGAUAAGAAAAUAGUCAGGAAUGCUUUUGAAGAUGGUGACGUCUAUUUUAAUUAUGGUGAUACAGUUUAUUUAGAUCAAGAUUAUUUCAUGUAUUUUCACGAUCGACUUGGGGAUACCUUCAGAUGGAAAGGAGAGAACGUAUCAACAACAGAAGUAGCUAAUAUUUUAACUGAUAUAGAUUUUAUACAUGAUGCUAAUGUUUAUGGUGUCACUGUUCCAGGUCAUGAUGGGAAGGCAGGGAUGGCAGCCUUAACUUUAAACGAUUUAACAAAUUUAGACAGUGAACACUUACAAUCGUUUUAUCAACACUGUGAACACAACUUACCCCGAUAUGCUACACCAUUAUUUAUACGGAUAUUACAAGAGGCAGUGUUAACAGCUACAUUUAAACAAAGAAAGGUCGACCUUGCUAAAGAAGGUUAUGAUCUAAACGUUGUGGAAGAUCCACUAUUUAUUCGAGAUGAUACACUAAAAACUUACAUACCUCUUACAGAGACUGUUUUAUCAACCAUCUUGACCAAAUCAAAGUUAUAA